UCCGCACUGGUCAUCCCCGCGGAGGAGAGAGCAGGAGGAGGAGGUGGAGGCCAGGGCCGGAGGAUGAUGCUGUCAUCGUCGUCGGCUUCGGUCCGUGACCCAGCGUCGUGAUGGCCACGGCCUUCGAGAGACACCUCCAGUAGCGUUCGCACCUGCUUCCCGUUCUGCUGGCCGACGCCGUGCUGGACUUCCUCGUGGAGCGGGGAGGGAGGGUCCAACAGAUGGAGCUGAUGGAGCGUUUCAUCUCAACGUGCGAGGGGAAGGGGGAUGCGGAUCGAGCCGCCGCGGGGUCUGUCGUGGACGCUCCGGGGGUGAAAUAUGGUCACCUGAGCAGUGAUUCAGUGCGAGGCGAGUGCAACGGCCACGUCCGGCAGACACCAGCGCAGGUCAACGGACACCUUCCUAACGGAGACCACGCAGCUGCUCCCCGUAUGGACGACAGCAAGCUGCCAAAUGGAAGCAAGCAAGCCUCCGUCUCCGCCCAACAAUCGGACACCAGCUCAGUUCCUUCUGUCGCUGGAGGAGGGGAGGUGAGGCUGCGAGACAGGAGGAGGAGAGAGUCGGCCCCCAUCAUUGGGAUCCAUGAUCUCGACAGCGCACAUCCCGCAGCAAGCCACAGCCAGCAUGUGAGAGCGGCCCGCAGGGUCUCGAAGGGGUCUCAGCGAGCCAUACUGACCAGCUGCCUGUCUGAGGACAGCGCUCUAGAAGGACUGGACCCUGGGUUUGAUAUCAACACCCCAAAAGGAAGCCGCAGGAACUUCAUCGAGCUGAUGAUGAGCAGUUCUCCUCAGGUAGAGUCAGGCUUUUUAAACUGCGGUGAGACUCCACCCCAACUGGCUGUCCUUCCUCUGCAGGUGCGCAGGUCCAUGAUCAACCGCGGGACACGCUUCCGCGACUCUUUGAGGAGCGACGGCGACUCGGCUUCCCUCCUCUCCUCAGCCACCGAUGAGGACUGCGCCUCGGUGACCCUGGAUCCGCUGGAGCACGAGUGGAUGCUGUGUGCGUCGGACGGUUUGUGGGAAAGUCUGCAGCCUCUCCUCGCUGUGGAGCCCAGUCUGGUGGCCAAGAAAGACUUUGUGACCGGCUUCACCUGCCUCCACUGGGCCGCCAAGCAGGGCAACGCUGAGCUUGUCUCUCAGUUACUGGGCUUCGCCAAGGACAGCGCCGUUGCUGUGAACAUAAACGUCAGAUCGAGUGCUGGAUACACACCCCUGCACCUGGCAGCCAUGCAUGGACACACACAGGUGGUCCGUGUCUUGCUGUCAGACUGGGAUGCCGACCCGGAGGUCAGAGACUACAGUGGCAGACGGGCCAUCCAGUAUCUUCCUGCUCCGGUGGCCGCCGACCUUCAGGAGAAAGGCGUGGUCACUUCCCCGGGGUCAGACAGCGGGAGCAGCAAUGGCGGCGGCAGCGGAGGGGGGCGUGGCUGGCGAUUCCCCAAAGUGCUCCAGGGCAAUCUCAACCCCUUGCGCCUCCUGAACCCACCCGCGGAGUCUGCAGAGGACCCAGCUGGGAACGGGCGAGCGAAGGGGGGCGUUCAGAGAAAGUCGUCUUUGAGCCGGCUUAACGCUCGGCUGCAUCGAGGUCGGCACCGGGCUCAGAUCAUUCACAGCGCCUCCUUCAGGGACUGCGGGGAAGUGGGGACGGAACUUCCUGUCAGUCCAGUUAGAACUCGACCACUAUCAAACCUGUUUGGAUAAAACUUAAAAAAAAGACCCACCACUAUAAGCUGAAAGGCAGCAGGCUGUUAAAACACACACACUCUUGUAGCUUCUAAGUUAUUUAUAUCUCAAGGGACCAAUCCACUGCUGUUUGAACCACCUCUUUUUUUCACUCUUUUGAUAGCCCAAGGUUCUUGUUUACAACGAUGCACACUUUCAAAAUAACCGUUUUUGAGCAACAGAUUUGUAGUAACGGUGUAGCAGCACAGUGGUGACACCUUUGUCAGAAUGUACUUUAUACAACAUGGGUUUUAAAUUUACAUUUACAGCACUUGUUUGAGACCAAAUUGACAGUUUCUAUUUUAAACACGUGCAUCGACACAGGCACUCGACACUUUUGGGAUCAAGCGAAUCCUUCAUGUACGAUAUGACUCGACCAGAUCCAACAGUGCAGUUGUUUACACUGACAACGGUGCUAAAUAAUGACUCCGACUGAACUCAUUUCAAGGUUCUCUGUUUCUAUUGUUCAGAGUUCUGGAGUCAAUGAUGUAAAUAAGAAUUUACUGACACUAAUGUACCUCAAAUCAUAUCUCAUAUACCCAUGACAAGUCCCCGUAGUAGACAUAUUCAGGAGCAUGUUUCAAGUCAGUCCCCGCCCAAACGUUCUGGUUUUCCUUUUGUUCUCAACUGAGCCUCAACCAUUCGCCCCAUGUGUGAACGUGAAAUGUGAAAUAAAGCAAUACUUGUUUUACAAGUGGAUCCAGAGUGUCUGUGUGUGUGUAGCUGCUGAAUAAGUAGAAACAGUGGUUAAUCACGAGCUGAUUCUAACUUGACACCACAAAUGAAUUUCCUCUCUCCCAGCUGACACUAAGUGAUUGUCCUCAACUGCUGAGGCUGAAUAAUUGAUGAUCUGAUGGCCGCUCACCGAAAAUCCACUGCUUCCCGUCCUCAAGCUGCUGCUGCUGUAACGCUGCACCCAACGCAGGAAGAGCUGAGCCCCAUUCAGCACCUGCUGUGUUUGAGUGUGUGUCUCCUGAAUGAUUUAAGGAGACUGUUGCCACUGUCAAGCUGUGGGUUACUGACUCAAUUACGUAACUUUGUUAAAGGAUUUCUCUCCUGGGUGAAACUGAAAAUGUAAUUUUGGUCAGAGUGAGGGGUGAAUUUAUUUAUUUAUGUAUGUGACCCCUGUCACUUUGCCUGUGUGGCUGAGAUUUGCUCCAUUUGUAUGUGACCCUGGGCCACUGGGAAGUGUUUGGGCUGUAAACAAGAUCAUUUAUAUAAAUUUAUUAUAUAUAUA